AUGGCUCUCCAUCAGUAUGAUUACAUUUUUGCCAUCGGUACCAUCUUCGCGUUCCUCGACGCGUGGAACAUUGGUGCCAACGAUGUUGCCAACUCCUGGGCCACUUCGGUCUCGUCCCGAUCCAUCACCUACAUUCAAGCCAUGUCCCUAGGUUCCAUCCUCGAGUUUGCCGGUUCCGUCGGUGUUGGUGCUCGUGUUGCAGACACCAUCCGUACCAAGAUCGUGGAUAUCGACCUCUUCGAGAAUGACCCGGCUCUCCUCAUGCUCGGCAUGUGCUGCGCCGUCACCGCCUCCGCCAUCUACCUUACCAUCUGCACGAAAAUCGGUCUCCCCGUUUCCACCACCCACUCCAUCAUGGGUGGUGUCAUCGGUAUGGGUGUCGCGCUUAUCGGCGCUGAGAACAUUCACUGGGUUUCCCCGAGCGGCGACAUCAGCUCAGGUGUCGUCUCUGUCUUCCUCGCUUGGAUUAUCGCCCCUGGUAUCUCUGGCUCCUUCGCGGCAAUCAUUUUUACCAUCACAAAGUAUGGUGUCAUGUUGCGCAAGAACCCGGUCAUGAAGGGUCUCGCCCUCGUGCCCGUCUACUUCGGAAUCACGGCUUCUCUCCUGACCAUGUUGAUUGUCUGGAAGGGUGGCUCCAUCAAGGUUACCUUCAACGAUGGCGAGACGGCCGGUAUGAUCAUUGGUGUUGGUGCUGCUUGGGCUCUGCUCAUCACCAUCUUCUUCGUCCCCUGGUUGUACCGCAUGGUCGUCAAGGAUGACUGGCAACUGCGCUGGUACCACGUCUUCCUUGGUCCCCUCUUGCUCCGCCGCCCCGAGCCUCCCAUGCAGCCUGAAGGCCUGAGCGGAGGCAUCCGCGACUUCUACUCCGGCCACAUGACCAAGGAGGAGCUUGAGGCUGCUCGUGGUGGUGUCGUUUCUCCCACUCGCAGCAACGAUGUUGAAUCGGGCUCUGCCGACGGCGAGAAGACUGUUGCUCAGGACACCUCCGACGCUGCGACAGUUACUCCCCGCAAGAAUGAGUACGCUCACAAGCCCAUUGUCGGCCCUCGUCCUGAGGGAGUCUGGUACAGCGGUGCCGUUCUUUUCUGGAUGGUCAAGAAAGUCUUCCUGUCUGGUGUCGACCAGGACAUCAUCAACAUGCAGAAGAAGGAGAGUGUCCUUACCGGCGACUUGGAGGAGAUGCACGCUCAUGUCCAGCACUAUGACAACAAGGCGGAGUACCUGUACUCCUUCAUGCAAGUCAUGACUGCCUGCACCGCGUCCUUCACCCACGGUGCCAACGACGUUGCCAACGCCAUCGGACCCUACGCCACCAUUUUCCAGAUCUGGAACACCGGUGUCCUCGCUGGCAGCAAGUCUGACGUCCCCAUCUGGAUUCUCUGCUUCGGUGGUGCCGGUAUCGCCCUCGGUAUCUGGACUUACGGAUACAACAUCAUGCGCAACCUCGGUAACCGCCUGACGCUUCACUCGCCUGCUCGUGGUUUCUCCAUGGAAUUGGGCGCUGCUUGCACCAUUAUCCUGGCCACUCGUCUCAAGCUCCCCGUCUCUACUACUCAGUGCAUCACCGGCGCCACCGUCGGUGUCGGUCUCUGCUCCGGUACCUGGCGCUCCAUCAACUGGCGCAUGGUUGCUUGGAUCUACAUGGGCUGGAUCAUUACCCUUCCCACUGCUGGUAUCAUUUCCGGCCUCCUGGCCGGCAUCAUUGUCAACGCUCCUCGCUGGGGAAUGGCCAACUAA